AUGGGAAACCAAACAUCAGUGAGGGAGUUCAUCCUUCUUGGAUUGACAAGUGACGCCAAGCUUCAAGCUGUGAUUUUCCUUUUUCUGCUCUUAACUUACAUUUUAAGUAUCACAGGAAACUUGACCAUCAUCUUUCUGACUCUGCUGGAUUAUCGCCUUCAAACUCCGAUGUAUUUCUUCCUCCGGAAUUUUUCCGUUUUGGAAAUAUCUUUCACCUCCGUCUUUGUUCCCCAGAUGUUAGUCACUAUUGGAACUGGAAACAGGACCAUCUCCUUUGCUGGUUGUUUCGCUCAGUAUUUUUUUGCCAUCCUUCUGGGAGCAACCGAAUUUUACCUUUUAGCUGCCAUGUCUUAUGAUCGCUACAUUGCCAUUUGCAAACCCCUGCAUUACACAGCUAUAAUGAGCCGAAGACUCUGCUUUCAACUUGUGCUGUGUUCCUGGUUCUCUGGUUUUUUAGUCGUCAUUGUGCCACAUGCAAUGACUCUCCAGCUGCCUUUCUGUGCCUCCAACAUCAUCAAUCAUUAUUGCUGUGACUAUACUGUACUGUUGCAUUUAUCCUGUUCAGACACACAUUUAAUAGAAGUGAUCGAGUUUGUCCUUGCUUCCGUUACCCUCGUCUUCACCUUGAUGCUAGUGAUUCUUUCCUACACAUACAUUAUCAGGACAAUUCUGCGAAUCCCCUCUGUUCAACAAAGAAAAAAAGCUUUUUCUACAUGCUCCUCUCACGUGAUUGUGGUCUCCCUUUCUUAUGGAAGCUGCAUCUUCAUGUAUAUAAAUCCCUCUGUAAAGGAUGCAGCCACUUUUAAUAAGAGAGUGGCUGUCUUAAAUACCUCUGUUGCUCCUCUCUUGAACCCUUUCAUCUAUACACUACGGAACAAGCAAGUGAAAAUGGCCUUCAGAGAUAUGGUCAGUAAAAUAACAAUUUUUUGCAGAAAGUAAG